UAUCUACAUUAUGUCGCUGUUUCCUGCAUUUAGGUCAGAUUUAAAUGAUGACAGUUCUGAUCAAAAUAAAAAUACAGAUCUGGAAUGGUUGAAUAACUCUAGUUUCAGAAGUGUGGACGCUCUCUCUCUACACCAACGUAUCAUCAACACCGACUCGCCAGAUACACGCACCAGUGUGCAGAACUCUGAUGAUGAUGAAGUCAGGUUAAAGAAGAAGAGGAAGAAAGAGAAGAAAGAGAGAAAGAAGAAUAAGAAGGAGAAGAAGAAGCGCAGCAGAGCUUCAGAGAGCAGCGACUCCGACACAGUUUAUCCCAGUGACCUGCUCAAGCAACAACCCCAGACUCCCCCCCGAUCAGAGGAUCAGAAGAAUGUGGACGGUGUUCUGUGGCUGGAUGAUCUGCAGGAUCCGAGUGAUCGAUUAUUUUACGUGGACAGGAAGUCGGACCCUGCAAACUGGGAGUACAGGUCACUGUACAGAGCUCACAUCUCCAGGUACAGGAGGAAGGGCGGCUCUGCGCUGGGAUUGGACAGCAGGACUCAGGCAGUGUUUUGGGAAGACUCCGCCCCCGAAAAGAAACGCAAGGAGAAGAGAGAGGAGCGCUAUUUCUCUCCGUCCAAUCGGCAAGCGCUCCGAUCUGAAGCUCCGCCCACACUCACUCUCCCGGCUCCUCCCCCCGACCACACCCCUCAGACAUUCAUCCCUAUACCACCCUGUAUGGAGGAGUCAGGCUCCGCCCCUCACACACACGCCCGCUCCGAUCCUCUGGGCGUGUACGACCCCGCCACCCUGCUGUGGAGCGAGGGCAAAGGUCAGCCAGAGAUCAAAGGCGAGGAGCAGCCACGCCCUCUUGGCUGCUUAACGGGGCGUGUUGAGGAGUUUAACAGGAGACUGAGGGAGAAUCCUACAGAUGCUCAGCUGUGGAUCGACUUCAUUCACUUCCAGGAUGAAGUUGGUUCCUCCCUCUCGGCCCUUCAGCAGCAGGGGGCGGAGACCGGGCGUGGUCCCAGCAGCGGUUCUGAGCGCGCUCUGUGCGACAGGAAGCUGAGUAUAGCCGAGCGGGCGCUAGAGGCUAACCCGGGCAGCGUGGAUUUGAAGCUGGAGAGGCUCCGGCUGGGCAGGGAAUUAUGGGAUAGCGCCACCCUGCUGAAGGAGUGGAAGAAGCUGGUGUUCAUCCACCCCAACAGUGCCCCCCUGUGGAGGAAAUAUAUCCUGUACACACAGAGCCACUUCUCCUCCUUCUCUGUCUCCAUGGUAACCGGCGUCUACAGGAAGUGUCUGAGCACGCUCAGUGCGGUGCAGGAUGGACAGAUGACGUCACACCCUGCACUGCCGGGCACAGAGAGGGGCAUGCUGGAUGUGUUUGUGUCUCAGUGCCACUUCCUGCGGCAGGUGGGUUACUCUGAGAAAGCUGUCUCACUGUUUCAGGCUCUGCUGGAGUUCACAUUCUACAAACCAGCGAGUGUGAGAGAGCUACCCACCAAACAACAGGUGGAUUUCUUUGAACCGUUCUGGGACAGUGGGGAGCCGCGGGUGGGUGAAAGCGGUGCCAGAGGGUGGAGCGCCUGGAUGAGGCAGCAAGAGAGAGGAGGGUGGAUACAGACACCUGAUCCAGAGGAGGAGGAGGAGGAGGAUCAGGACGAGACUGAGAUCAAAGAUAAAUCUCGUCCUAAAUGGAGAAUCUGGCUCGAUGUGGAGUCACGGAGGGAAGCCAACCACUGGUUGCCAUGGAGACCAGAUAAAUCCAAGGGCCAAUCGGAGGAGGACUGUGAGGAUCCAGACCGGCAGGUGUUGUUCGAUGAUAUCGGACCGUCGCUGAUCCGAGUCGAGACCCCGGAGCUUCGUCUGUGUCUCCUGCUGUCCUUCCUCCACUUCCUGGGUGUGCCUGUAAGCUCCGCCCCUCCGUCCUGCAGCCCCGCCCUGGACGACUCCACCCUCCUGGAUGACCCCGCCCUCGUGGACGAGCCCCUCGACACGGAGCGACCUCUGACCUCCCUCGGCCUCCCGGUGACUGGGGUCAGCACCGUGGGUCACAUGACCUGGCUGCGUGACUCUAAAUGGAGGUGGGCGGGGCUGUGUAAGCAGGGGGAGGAGCUACUGAGGAACGUUGUGGAACAGAUCCUGCCGCUGUUUCCUCCUGAGGAGAGAUCGACCCCGACGCUCUGCUGGAUCCAGCACCACAAACUCAGGGUGUUACGGUGUGUACGCGGCGGUAAUAAGAAGCGGGCGCGGCUGCAAGGGCGGCGCAGUAAGCGAUUAUUGAAGCAGGUCCUGAAGCAGCAGGAGAACCGCUGUAAUUUAUCUCUGUGGCGGGAGUACGCUCACGUCGAGUGGAUUCUGGGUAACGUCGAUGAGGCGCGCCGGGUCUUUGACUCCGCCCUCACAUUGGGUGGCACCUCUGGACUUCGUGACUCCGCCCUCUGUGACCUCUGCUUGCUGUACGCCCAGUUAGAAGUGGAACUGAUGCUCACAGAGAGAACGGCUGUCCCGGAGACCACACCCACAUCCUCUCGCGGGGUGUACGUUCUCACUAAGCUUGCGGAGGGCGCCACCUACAGGCCCUUUGCAGGAGAAGUUAGUGCAGUGUCCAUUCUGAAGGCUCGCAAAGCGUACGAGCGCGCUGUAUCGGAGGGCGGGGCGGGUCAGAAUCCCUCCGCUCUGAUUGGCUGCUUUGGACUGUUUCAGUAUUUAACGGUGGGCGUGGACGCGGCCGAUUGGGUGUUCACUCAGACGAGAGAGAACGUGAAGGGAACGGCGGAGUGUGAGGCGGUGUGUCUCCAGCAUGUGGCGCUGUUACACCAUCACGCCACUGUCAGGAUCUUUCCACUGAGGCGACUCAAAUCAGCGCUGAGCGACGCACUGACCCUGCUGCCCCACAGCGCCACCCUGUGGAGGCUCCACCUACAGGUCGAUACGCACAACUACAGCGCCGCACAGACACGCAGGUUCCUCAACGCCGUCGUCAAGAGCAGCCAGAGUGUCAUACCGCCGCUGUUCACCGUGACAACUGAACAACGGAGGAAAGAGCGAAUAGACGCAGUACUGAGGUCGGGACUUUCAGCCGACGCCCUGCCCAUCUUCCCGGACACAGGCCUUAGCAACCGUAUCCGCUCCCUGUUUGAAGCUGCAGUAGGAACAGAGAGUGGUGCACGCUGCCCCCUGCUGUGGAGGAUGUACAUCAGUUACACGGUGUGUAAUGGAGAUGUAGAGAGAGGAAGAGGAAUCUUCUAUAAAGCGUUACAGAACGUUCCCUGGGUUAAAGCUCUGUACAUGGAUGCUGUGCAGCUGUUUCCUGAUCAGGUUCAGGAGUUUUUGGAUCUUCUGACGGAGAAAGAGCUUCGACUCAGAACCCUGAUGGAAGAAAUUGAUAUUCUGCUGGAGGACUAGAACGUUUCCCAUAAUGCAUCUGGCAUCUCCUCCCAUCCACAGCCAUGCCUCUUAUUUGUACAUUAUUUAUUUUAGUUAUUAAAACAGAUUGAGAGUUUGAAUCUGAA